AGCAGGAAUGCACUCCUGAUACAAGGGAUUUUGUACAUGUAUGAUCUGACUGAAUGGUGUAUAGACACGUGGAAGAGUUAUUUGACCAUUUAUCUAUGAUUUAACCUGCAUAGAUAUGGAUAUGGGUGGCAUUGCUUCUAAUGCCCAACUCAUCUACAAGAAUAUUGACUGCAAGUCAUCUAAUCUGUUCCAGCUAACUAAAUUCAAUUGGGAGAUUAUGGACUUUGGCAAAGUUUUCUUCAAUCCCUCCACAAACGAUCGAAAGCUUGAAAGCCCGUCCUUUGUUAGUCCCUGUGGUACCGUAUGGAAAAUAUGUGUUCUCAUAGGUAAUUCUGUGUCGGAUAUCAAGCUGGGACAUUCGGGGAACGAUAUAAAAAUUGUUAUUGAAAGAGAAUCAGAAACAACCCUAUGGUCACAGUUCCAAUUGGAUUUCCCUAGCCUUAAUGGCCUUCAUUGUUAUAAAUCGCAAACUAGCGAUGACGAAGUCGCUCCGCAGACAAGCAGACAAUGGAGGGAGGAUUACGUAUACACAUACGAACCAAAUAAAGAAAAUUUCGUUAUUGUUGAGUUGUACGCUCGUUAUAUAGACGUCAGAGAUUCGGGAGAGCUAGACCUGAUUACUCUCUCUCUAGAAGAAGAAUCUGCUCCAUUGCACUACUUUGAAGAGCCCAAUCUCACUCCGAGGGCAAUCAAUAAAUUGGAAGACGACCUGAUUAGUUUGCUGGCAAGUGGAGACGGCAGCGAUAUCGCACUGAUUGUUGGUGAAAAAACGUUCAAAGUACAUAGGAAUAUUCUUUCAAGUCGUUGUGAAGUUUUCAAAGCGAUGCUAGCCUCAGAUAUGUUAGAACAAGCAACUAAUUUGAUCAGAAUCACCGAUCUAGAUCCAGAAGUUGUACAGGAAAUGCUUACGUAUAUUUACAGUGGGACUAUUCCGAAUAUUGCUGAAGCAGAUAUGGCUGAGAAUUUGUUGAAUUGUGCUGAAAAAUACCAGCUAAAAGAAAUGAAGCAAAUCUGUUGUAGUGAACUAGUUAAACGUUUAAACUCAGACAAUGCAAUCGACAUGCUUUGCAAGGCUCAUAUGUACAAUGUGGACAGCCUGAAGAAAGCGUGCAUAUUCAAGAUCUCAACAUCUGUGAAGGCUUUCAUGACCAAAGAUGAGUGGAUUCAAGUGGAGGAUCAGCAUGAGCUCUACAAGGAGGUCAUGAGGUCUCUUUUCAAUGUCCCUCUGAGAAAGAACUGAUGAAUAAUUACCAUCUGGUAGGACCCACUGUUUAUUGAUUAAAAAUGAAUGAAUAUAUUGUUUGCUUGC